CCCCCCCCUUGUAUUUCACAAUGCCAUCCAUCGUGUGGUCUGAGCCGACUUUUCUGCUCGCUGCCGCGUCCAUUGUUUUCAACCCCGUCGCGUGGAACAUUGUCGCUCGGCGCGAGUACAAGACGCGCUUCCUGACCAGAGCACUGGGCGGAAAGUACAACGCGUGCUACUUGUUGGCCUUCUCGAUCUUCACCCUGGGCUUGCUGCGCGACUAUCUCUUUGCAAUUGCGAUGGAGGCUCAGUCGACCUCGGAGCUGCUCAACAACGCUCUGGUUCACGCAAUCGGUGCCAUUCUGGCGGGUGCUGGCGUUGUCUUUGUCCUCUCGUCCAUGUGGAUGCUUGGUGUCACCGGCACGUAUCUCGGUGACUACUGCGAUAUUUUCCUGGACGCUCGAGUCACCGGUUUCCCGUUCAGCAUCAUUGAAAAUCCCAUGUACUGGGGCUCGACCAUGAACUUUGUCGGCGUCGCGCUCUGGAAUAGCAGCCCUGCUGGCCUCGUGCUCUCUUUCAUUGUUGGCGUUGUGUACAAGAUUGCUCUGCAGUAUGAAGGUCCUUUCACCAACGAGAUCUAUCGCCAGCGCGCCAUCCACAAGAAGCUGUUGGAUCACGAGAAGCGAUCGCGCUAAAAAAAGAAGCACGCAACACAUUCUGCUCCCUCCCUCCCUCCCUCCCUCCUGACAGUGACCAAAGUUCUUCGCUGCUGUCUGGUUGAAUCGCUUCAUAUGGCAUUUGAAAUACACAUUUGACGUCG